UCAAGUUUUAAUAGUGCUUGCCGUUUAUUUAAAUGUUUCGUACACAUAUAAAUAUCAAUAUAUGCCUGUCGAUGAUGAAAUAUUCGCGAAAUGUCAGCAGCAAAGAAAUAACCAAUAUGACAUGAAUAGUCUAUUUGACUUCUCCGAAUUUACCUUAGAGAUGGUGGGAGAAUCAGUAAUUGGGUACGGAAAUGUGACUACUGUUUGGGAUGUUCAACCAACGGAUCGAAUACAGCUGGAUUUCCAAAUAUUACAUUUGGAUAGGGGUACAUGGCAGCCAACUAUUUAUGCCAUGAAAGUUCUAGACUUUUGUUCUGUAAUGUACGAUAAAUAUCAGUAUUGGUACAAAUUUUGGACACGUAACAUAAAGCAUCAGGACGUUGUAAAAUCGAAGUGUAUUAAUACACCAGGUACAACCAUGCAACACAACAAUGUUUGCAAUUUUACAGUCAUUUUCGAGUCUCAUCUUAAUCUGUUUGGAAUUUAUAAGGGGGAAAUAAGACUAUCUGCAUUCGAUAAAUUUCAAAGAAUUCGACCAAUCAAAAUAUGCUCCGAAGUCAAAGGAGAAUUUAUUAGGCUAUAAUAAUUAUAUUAUUUACUAUUUCGACUAAAUA